AUGAAGAGGAGUAUAAAUAGAUCAAAUUCUUCAACUCAGAACAGUCACACAGCAAAAACUGUUGGUAGGAAAAGUCUCUGCAUCCUGACCAACCAAAGAGUACCAGGAGCAGAAAACAUGAAAAUCAUUCUAGCCUUUCUAUUCAUUGCCCCGCUUGCUCUUUCAGCUAGCGCUGACAAGGAUUAUUCCUCCUUUGAUUCUGCUGCAUCUCCCGAGACGAAGUCAAGAUUUGCCAUGUUAGAUGACGUACGAAUCUUAGCCAAUGGACUCCUCCAGCUUGGGCACGGCCUUAAAGACUUUGUCCAUAAGACGAAGGGGCAGAUGAAUGACAUCUUUCAAAAACUUUACAUUUUUGAUAGGUCCUUCUACGAGCUCUCACUGCAAACCAGUGAAAUCAAAGAAGAAGAGGAGCAGCUCAGACAAACUACGGCCAGACUGCAAAUCAACAACGAAGAGAUAAAGAACCUCUCACAGGAGAUGAAUUCGAAGAUUGAAGACCUCAUACAAAACAAAAUCCAGCUGCAAGAGAAAGUAUGGGGACUGGAAGACAAAGUCACAAAACUGGCCAUUAUCCAGCCUUCAGUGCAAGAGACAAAAGAAAUUUCUUCACUCAAAGCUUUUGUGGAGCAGCAGGACAACCACAUCAAGCAACUUCUCAGAAUCGUAGAGGACCAGCAUGUGCAACUGGACAGACAGCACAAUCAAAUAAUGGAGCUGGAGGACAAGCUAAACCACAUAGAGCUCCAGGAACUUGCAGAGAACUCCUUCGCGGAGGAGCAAACAGAACCAGAGGCCAUCUCCUUCCCUGUGCGCAACGCCACGGCCGUAACAUACCAAUCUGACGGUGCCGCUCCUGACUGCACCGCUCUCUACAACAGUGGUGUGCGGUCCAGUGGCGUUUACACUAUUAAGCCCAACGGCUCAGAAUCUUUCGAUGUCUACUGUGAGAUGAAAUUUGGCAGUUCCUGGACUGUAAUCCAGAACAGAGUGGAUGGAUCACUAGAUUUCAACCAAACCUGGGACGCCUAUACAAACGGUUUUGGGGACCUCAAUGAGGAAUUCUGGCUAGGCCUGAACAAGACCUAUUCCAUUACUAAACAAGGGGACUACGUCUUACGGAUUGAGCUGCAGGACUGGAAAAAUAACAAGCGUUACAUCGACUAUGCGUUCCGCUUGGGAGGCCCCGAAACAGACUACACUCUCCAGCUUUCACGGAUCUCCGGGAGCAUCCCCAACGCCCUGCCGGAGCAGACAGAACUGCGGUUCUCAACUGCAGACCAUGACAUGGACACCAUAAAUGACUUCAACUGUCCAGAAAACUACCUAGGAGGCUGGUGGCACAGUGAAUGUGAAGAAACCAAUCUUAACGGGAAAUACGUCGCACCAAGGUCAAAAGGAAGACUAGACAGAAGAAAAGGCUUAUACUGGAAGCCUAAGAAAGGAAGAUACUACUUGCUCAAGUCAACCAAAAUAAUGAUACACCCAACAGACUUAAAAAGUUUUGACUGAAUGCUCAACCUGAUGCAUUUUGAUUCAGAACAUAUACACUGACCAUUACUACAUCAAAGAAGUUCAUGUUAUAUUUAAUAACAGAUACAUGUCUAAAUCCAUACUCUGUAUGGUGUAUUCUCCAAUACAUAAAGCCGGGGCAUUUGCAAUGGUCUCACAGUACGUUUGGUGAGUAUUCUCAUUCCCUCUAGCCCCAACAUCCAUGUGCUGUAACUUUCAUGGAGCUUUUACCUACCCAGGAUGAAACUCUAAUGCCUAGGAAUCGACCGCCUAUUCAUGUAUUAGAUAAUAUUGCUUGGGGGAACAGGUUUUUGGAUGUUGCAUUAAUUUCUGGGUUGUGUAGUAGGGAACACGAAAAGUGUUUCAGGAAACAAAGGGUUGGCAAAAUGCUACAGAAGACAUUUAGGUAUUAAUCUAUAGGGGAAAAAAAGAAAUUUUGUUUCAUAAAGUAACUAAUCGAAUGUUUGGUUUGUGUUAUUGUUGUGGAAUGUUUCUAUGAGCAAAUGAAAGAUGGGUAACGCCCCAUUUUAGGGUUCUGUGUAUUUCCAGACAAAUUUUCAGCUGUGUAGCCCAGGCCAAUCUUCACUGAAGCUCUGUACUCACGCAGCUAGAGAUGUGCACACCUAUACCAAGUAAGCCAGAGCACAGGCCUGAUCUUUUAGAUACCACACUUCGAAGAAUAACUUAAGAACUACACUUUCUUACUGAAAAGUUAAGAGCUAAGCUUCAAGGCUUACUGAAAUUUAUGAGAGACCUUUUCUUCUUGUUUGAAAUGGAAUCAGAGCCAUCCCUUUGCAACCUUUUACUACACCUAACUAUGAAAUUAACGGAAAGACCAAGUGAGCACACAACCAAACACUUUUCAAACACAGAACGGCUGCCUGUGGGGCAACUCCAAUGGAGUCAAUGGUACCAACCAACAAACCCUGUAGGCACAACCUACGUGACAGUGUUGGUCCUGCUCCUGAGAACACACUGACACUUGUUUAACUUCAGCUGCAGUACACUAGAAGGCAGAGGGACUAUUGACGUGCUUGUGGAUGGGCAGCCGUGGAGGCGCGGACUGACAAAGCCCCCAGUUCUGCAGUUUCAUUGAGUCAUAUUGACUUGUAGAUCUUCCCUACCCUUUGUACAGCACCGAUUUUUUUAUCUCUACAUUUGCAACCAUAGAGAAAAUGGUUUUAAGUUGUAAUAUAUCAGAGUGAAACAACUGUGAACAGAAUGUGCUAAUUACAGAAAAACUGCAAAAAUACUUGUACUUCUUAUGGAUUUAUUAAAAAGAAGAGAUCACAGAGUGCUGCUUAUUAUUACAAUACUGGUGUAUUGUAAUGUUUAAUUACCUGUCUAUCCUCUAAAAAUAAAUAAACAAACAAAUAAAACUUUUGAAAAUAUAUGAGAUGCGGAACUUGACUAAACUCACUCUUUUAAGCUUUGGUUUAUAAAAACCUAGUUUGUAUUAAUCUGAUUUUUACAAGAGGUAACAGAUUUGGUGAGUAAGUCGGUAAAAUUACUCAGCUGAAGAAGACAAUUCCACUCAGACAUAUAAUGUCUUCAAAGAUACUGUAAAAAAGCUUUAAAUGAAUAGUGGUACAUCAUGAAAAGAAAUCUGGUCCCUGCCUGGGUUUAGUUAUAGAAAGGUUAUUGUUUUCCAAGAAACUUUAGAAAAAUUUCUUAUCUUCCAGAUCUUCAGAAGGCUUUUUUCAAGCAUUGUAAACAAAGAAAUUGCUUUUAAACCAAAAUGGAAAUAUGAACAAAGGGAUUACGCAUUUUCUUCACUUUUGUCCCUCACUUUAAAGAAAAAAAGUAAGUCACUGAAAGUGUCAGAAGUAAUAAAAACAGCAAGACAAUUAUAAUUUUAGCAGACAGACAAAUUAAAAAACCUCCAUAAAACUGAAAAGAAUUCAAUUAAAUUUCACUGUGGAUUUUGGGAAAUGGCGAAACCUCUCUCCUGUUCUUGUUCACAGCCAAGUUUUAUGCAAAUAUGUUUGUCCCUUCACAACUGUGUAUUUUCUGCUGUGUCAGUCUGGACCCUUUCUGUGCCCCUGGCACAGCGGGUCUCCUGAUACAGCAAGUUUUGCAACAGAACAGAUGAUAAGAUAGGAAUUUCUAGACUUGCCAGUCUCUCAGGCCCUGAAAUGUGACAUGUAUUUCAAAAC